CAACCCCACUCCCCAGUCGCUUCUCUUGUCGCUCGCUCGGUGCCUCCCCGCGGGCCGCUCUCUCCUCCCGAUGGCGCGCGGGAGCUGCGGCCACUGCCUGGGACUGGCCCUGGCGCUGCUGCUGGUGCUGGCGCUGGCUCCCCGGGCGCUGCGGGCCAAGCCCACGGUGCGCAAGGAGCGCGUGGUGCGGCCCGACUCGGAGCUGGGCGAGCGGCCGCCCGAGGACAACCAGAGCUUCCAGUACGACCACGAGGCCUUCCUGGGCAAGGAGGACUCCAAGACCUUCGACCAGCUCACCUCGGAGGAGAGCAAGGAGAGGCUGGGGAAGAUUGUUGAUCGAAUUGACAGUGAUGGGGACGGCUUUGUCACCACAGAGGAGCUGAAAACCUGGAUCAAACGGGUGCAGAAAAGAUACAUCUAUGAUAAUGUUGCUAAAGUCUGGAAGGAUUAUGAUCGGGACAAGGACGAUAAAAUUUCCUGGGAGGAAUAUAAACAAGCCACCUAUGGUUACUACCUAGGAAACCCUGCAGAGUUUCAGGAUUCUUCAGAUCAUCACACCUUUAAAAAGAUGCUGCCACGCGACGAGAGAAGGUUCAAAGCUGCAGACCUCAAUGGUGACCAGACAGCCACUCGGGAGGAGUUCACCGCCUUUCUGCACCCUGAGGAGUUUGAGCAUAUGAAAGAAAUUGUGGUUUUGGAAACUCUGGAGGACAUCGACAAGAAUGGGGAUGGGUUUGUGGACCAGGAUGAGUAUAUCGCGGAUAUGUUUUCCCACGAGGAGAAUGGCCCUGAGCCAGACUGGGUUUUGUCAGAACGGGAGCAGUUUACUGAAUUCAGGGACCUGAACAAGGAUGGGAAGUUGGACAAAGAUGAGAUUCGCCACUGGAUCCUCCCCCAAGACUAUGACCACGCACAGGCUGAGGCCAGACACCUGGUGUAUGAGUCGGACAAAAACAGGGAUGAAAAGCUAACUAAAGAGGAGAUAUUGGAGAACUGGAACAUGUUUGUUGGAAGCCAAGCUACCAAUUAUGGAGAAGACCUCACAAAAAAUCAUGAUGAACUUUGAUACACACUCAGCAUAACAUGACAGACUGUCAUGGGCUUUCUUUUAUUGUCUUGGAUGGUUGCUACAGUUGUCUAAUUUAUAGCAGUUGUGUCCCUGAAACAGCAGUUUAUAACCUCAGAUUGGGCUUAAAAUUGCUUUUCACUCAAUGUUUACUGCGAAAUAGUCAUUUCUAUUCCUUCAAUAAGAUAUCUCUACAAACACCUUAAAAUCUUUGUAAAUCACAAUAUUUUUUGGGGUGGGGAUACAUUACAAAAACAUGACUUUUUAGCCUUUUUCAUUAUAUUUAAAGGGGAAUAAGAUUAGAAAAAGCCCUGUUACUGAGAAGUUGGGUGGGUUGGGGGAGCAGUAUAUGGAGUGACUGCUAUGUAUUUUAACUGAAAUUUUUAUAUUUGCCACAUUGAAAAAUUAGGGAAAACUCUGAUAAAGUUACAGUGGUGUCCUAUGUGGGCUUAUUUCAGAACAAGUCUAAUACUUCAGAUUCUUCCUUCUUGACUUUGUACUCUGAGCUGUUACUGUAAGUGGAGUAUAAAACCUCUGCAUUUUUCUGUAUGGACCUGGUAAUGUGCACAACAAAUCCACAUCUUUGUUUUUUGUUUUUUUUUACAAUAAGAAUCAAUGAAGAAAGAUAAUGUGAAAAAGAAAGGGAUUUUAGAGGUAGGGAAAAGAUGAAUGGCAGGCAUUUGGUGAACUAUAGGAAAAUGGUAAACAUGUUAUUAUACUUGAGAAGAUUAUCUUGACAUAUAAACGAGGUAGGUCUGAUCUUUGAAAAAGUGAAUAGAGAUGUGAUCCAUUUCCUUGCUGAUCAUCGAUAGGAAUGAAGGAGGGAAUCCCAGGGAAGCCUGCCUGGUGGGGGGCUGGAACCCAGUCCCAGUGAUUCCACGACUCUUGGACCUGCCAGGGGACCACUCACACCGUGGAAUUAGGACAAGGUGAUGUUCCAAGCCAUUGGCUGAACUGGAGGAAACAACGUUUACAGGUUGAAAUGCUACCUUAUAAGUAGGAAGUGAAUGAAAUAAAAAAUCCCACUGAGGAUUUUCUACUGUG